GCGGCGCGGCGCGGCAGACGCGGCCCGGCCAUGGACGAGCAAGCGGGGCCCGGCGUUUUCUUCAGCAACAACAACAACAACAACGCGCUGCUGCUGCCGCCGCCGACGGGCGGGCCCGGGCUGGAGCCGGGCGAGGCAGCGGCGGCCGCGGCGGCGGCUGCGGCGGGAGGCGGCAGCGGAGGGGUCUCCGCCGGCGGCACCGCCGCGCCGGUGUCGGCGUCGCGGGCACAGUACAGCGUGCCGGGCAUUCUGCAUUUCCUGCAGCACGAGUGGGGCCGCUUCGAGGCGGAGCGCGCCGAGUGGGAGGCGGAGCGGGCGGAGCUGCAGGCCCAGAUCGCUUUUCUUCAAGGUGAAAGGAAGGGGCAAGAAAAUCUGAAGAAGGACCUAGUGCGGAGAAUCAAAAUGCUGGAAUAUGCACUUAAACAAGAAAGGGCUAAAUAUCACAAAUUGAAAUACGGCACAGAAUUGAAUCAGGGAGAUAUGAAGCCACCGAACUAUGAUUCUGAUGAAGGGAAUGAAACAGAGAUUCAGCCACAACAAAAUAGUCAGCUAAUAUGGAAACAAGGACGACAGCUGCUAAGACAGUAUCUACAAGAAGUGGGUUACACUGACACAAUAUUGGAUGUGAAGUCAAAACAAGUACGAGCUUUAUUGGGCCUCUCAAGUGAUGCUUCAGAGAAGGAAAACAGAAAUCAAGAACCUAUGGUAAAUGGCACAGAGGGCCAAAUUAAAGAAAACGCUAUGAUUGGGAAGCCAGAAUUGACUGACUCUGCCUCUCUGCUAGAGACCUUCAAGUUCCUUGAAAAUGCAGCUGCAGACUUCAGUGAUGAAGAAGAUGAGGAGGAUAUUGAAGGAAGAGAGAAAACAAUCAUUGAUACCGCAACAAUUGUAAGGAAAAGAGUGCUGUCUGACAGUAGUGAAGACAGAGAUACAGAAGAAGCUUUGAAAGAAUUUGACUUUUUGGUUACCUCAGAUGAAGGUGAUGGGGAAUCGAGAAGUUCAGGAGAUGGAACAGACUGGGAAAAGGAAGACCAAUGUCUCAUGCCUGAAGCCUGGAAUGUCGACCAGGGAGUAAUAACCAAACUCAAGGAACAAUACAAAAAGGAGCGCAAGGGGAAAAAGGGGGUGAAGAGGCCCAACAGGUCAAAGCUGCAAGAUAUGCUUGCAAACUUGAGAGAUGUUGAUGAUCUCCCUUCAUUACAGCCAUCUGUUGCACCUUCUUCUAGACCCAGUAGCUCAAGGCUGAUUGAACAUGAGAUAAACAGGACAGAUGAAGUGGAAGCUUUAACAUUCCCUCCUUCUUCAGGGAAAUCUUUCAUUAUGGGAACAGAUGAAACCCUUGAAAAUGAGCUGGGUCUUGGAGAGCUGGCUGGCCUCACAGUGGCCAAUGAGGCAGAUUCGCUGGCUUAUGAUAUAGGAAACAAUACAGAUGCACUGAGAAAGACUUGGAACCCCAAAUUCACAUUAAGAAGCCACUUUGACGGAAUAAGAGGUUUAGCUUUUCACCCAGUUGAGCCUGUGCUAAUAACAGCUUCAGAGGACCAUACAUUAAAAAUGUGGAAUUUACAAAAAACAGCCCCGGCAAAAAAGAGUGCUUCUCUUGAUGUAGAGCCAAUAUAUACCUUCAGAGCACACAGUGGACCAGUGCUUUGUGUGGUGAUGAGCAGUAAUGGUGAGCAGUGUUACAGUGGGGGAACUGAUGGCCUCAUCCAUGGCUGGAAUACAACAAAUCCAAACAUCGACCCCUACGACUCUUACGAUCCUUCUGUUCUAAGAGGUGCUUUUGUAGGCCAUACUGAUGCAGUGUGGGGUCUGGUUUACAGUGGCACACACCAGCGUUUGCUGUCCUGUUCUGCAGACGGCACUGUACGUUUGUGGAAAGCUACAGAAGUUGCUCCAGCUCUCAAUGUAUUUAAUGAUAAUCAAGAAAUGGGAAUCCCUUCCUCAGUAGAUCUUGUGAGCAGUGACCCAAGCCUCAUGGUAGCAUCAUUUAACACUGGACACACUAGCAUUUUUAACAUGGAGACACGGCAACGGAUUCUUACCCUGGAGUCUGGAGUAGAUAAUGCGGUCAGUACUUCCUGUCAGAUAAACAGAGUCAUCAGCCAUCCGACUCUUCCAAUUAGUAUCACUGCUCAUGAAGACAGGCACAUCAAAUUCUAUGACAACAAUACAGGGAAACUGAUCCACUCCAUGGUAGCUCACUUAGAUGCAGUUACAAGUUUAGCUGUCGAUCCUAAUGGCUUGUACUUGAUGUCUGGCAGUCAUGACUGUUCAAUUCGCUUAUGGAAUCUUGAAAGCAAGACCUGCAUCCAAGAGUUCACUGCUCAUCGCAAAAAAUUUGAUGAGUCCAUUCAUGAUGUGGCAUUCCACCCAUCCAAAUGUUAUAUUGCCAGUGCAGGAGCAGAUGCCCUGGCAAAAGUGUUUGUAUGACAGAGUGUGUCCCUUUCCAACUUUAGCUUUGUAUAUAUUUAACCAGCUGCACAAAAGAGAAGAGAAGGGCGUGAGUCUCCUGCCCAAUCAGAGAAUGUUUGUAAGUGUUUAGUUUUUGCAGGGUGCUGUUUUCUAAAUUGAACUUGGUUCUGGUUUCUGUGAGCUCAGCUGGUGCUGAGAGCUUGGAAACUCUCAGUUUCAACUACUUUCAAAAAAGGAAAAAAAAAGAAAAAAAGAAAAAAAAAAAGGGCAAUUUUAUUUCAGAGGAUGUGAAUUUUCGUCCAGGCAGGCCUUGGGUGAAAUUAGGUCUAUGUGUUCUCUAUUAUUAAGAUGGAGUACUGGAAAGAAGGGGUCUAAUUGCUUCAGGGAGAGAGGGAAAAGAGGGAAAUUUUCUGGGAUGCUUCUUAUUGAGGAAUCUUGAUGUACUUAAGAUUAAAUCACCUGGAAAAAGUGUCAGUUCAGAUGCUUGUUAUUGUGUCAUGUGAGAGGCACUUUGUCAUCCCUUAAUCUCUUCGGUAUUAACGAGUAGAUCACAUUCAGAGAGCAGUAGCUGAUACUUAAUCUCAGCCACCUGGCUGCUAGCCUAAGAUAAAUGUGGAUAAAGAAAAGCAAAUUACUAACAUAAAUUGAAAUACAGUAAAGUUUUGUUAAAUAUUUGGUGUUAUAUGGCAAAUAUUUAGUUUGCAAAAAAAAAUUGUAUAAUUUUUUAAAUUGCAUUAGCAUGUGGUUAGAAGCCUAGCCUUUAGUCUAGUCUCACUUAACAGCAGACUGAAGCAGUCUGUACAUACUUCAGUAGCAGAUUAACUUAUUCAGAUUUAUAAUACUGUUUUUCUUGGAGAUCUGGCACAAGAAAUUAUAAGAUUUCCCAAAGAAACUCUUACAGUGUAAUUAUCAUAUGUUCAUCCUCCUCUUUU